AUGGCUGCCACCAGCCUUGAGGGCCGCACGACCUGCCCUUUUCUGCUCAAGCUCUUCUACCGCACCGGGGCCUUUCACAGGCUUGACGAGUUCUCUACGCCCCAACUGCUGCCGUUUGUGCCCGUCUAUGCUUUCCCGACAUACAGCCUCGACGAGCUUGCCUGUCACCUGGCUGGCGGUGAACAGGCCGUCUUACCGGCUCCUGCUGUCGGCACGCGCAUUGCAUUUCGUCUCGUAUAUGUCGACACGCGUGGCGCCGCCGAAAGCGGAACUGAAGGCGGCGGUCCGGGAGGUCUCAGGCCAGGACCUAUACGCUUUGCUGUUAGAGACCUUGGCAGCGUGGUGAUUGGGGGCGAAGGCUAUGUUGCAUUGGCGUCCCCCAACUCCGACGAUGGACGCAAGACGCUUGCAGAUGCCCGGUUUGUCGUUGGUGACUACAUAUCGUGCGCCAUUCUGCCGCCACUGCCAGACGGUUCUGCUGCGCCAGCUUCUACUGCGCGCAGCGGCCGCGGAUCCGGCGCUGGUGAGGGGCGGACUACCAUGAUGCCUCCAGGCGGUGGUGGUGAUCGGCGCGACGAGUUCCGGAGGUGGAAACGCGGAGGAGGAGCAGGUUCUGGUCCGAACGGAGGGCCGGGCGGAGGACCGGGCCUGUGGACUGAUCCUCGCGUCCCGGCUGGUGACUGGCGCCGUGGCGAAAGAGUGCCUGAUGGGCCCUGGAGUCGAGGCGGUCGAGGACGUGGUGGGCGAUGGUAG